CAAUAGUACCGGCGGAAGUGAGUAGAACGAGCGCGCGGCCUGUUUCGCAUAGGCGAAAAUGUCGAGCGGGGUGGGAAAACACAAGAUGCUGUCGCUGGGUCCGACGGAACCCUGGUCUAUUCGGGAGAAACUCUGUCUCGCCUCCUCAGUGAUGAGAAGCGGAGAUCAGAACUGGGUGUCUGUAAGCAGAGCCAUCAAGCCCUUCUCAGAGUCUGGACGACCCCCUGACUGGUUCUCCCAGAAGCAUUGUGCCUCCCAAUAUUCUGAGCUGCUGGAAACCACAGAGGCCCCAAAACGUAAGCGUGGUGAGAAAGGGGAGGUGGUUGAGACCAUUGAGGACGUGAUCGUCCGUAGAUUGACAGCAGAAAGAAUCGAGGAACUCAAGAGGCUGAUCAAAGACACGCAGGAGAAGUACAGGAAACUGAAGAAAGAGGUGGAUUUAAUCCAGGCAGGUCAUAUGGACACUAAACUGGAGGAGCUGUGGGCAGAGAUAGAGCUGAAAAAGAAGCAGGAAGAGGAGGAGGCGGAGCAGAAGAAGAGGGCAACUGAGGCGGCCUAUCAGGUUCGUCAGGCAGCUAAAAACACACCAAAGAGAGUCCCCAGCGUGACGGUACGUUCUCCACCCGGUGCUAGCUCUCCCAGCAUGGAAGUCUCUCAGCCAGACACAUCGCAGCCAAUGACGGAGGAAUCCUGUGCCGGUUCCAUGACUCAAGGAGUGACCGUCUUCAUGCCUGUGUCAGAGGUCACGGGUUCAGGGCCUAAAGAGUCAGGUUUGGGCGCUCUGGUGGACGACUCCCCACAGAAGAAACACCUCGCUCCGAAAGCCACACCCCCUCCCUCCCCGCUGCUGUCUGAACUGCUGAAGAAGGGCAGCCUCAUCGCUGCCAGCUCUAGACUGGUGGUUGAAGGCGAUGUGGCCACAGGUUUGAGUAAUGGAUCUCAUGUCGAGCUUCACACCUCUGCAACCGCUCUGCCUAUGAAUCAAGACAUCACAGCAGAUGCUCCUACAUUAUCUCGUCUGCUGGAGAGCUCCACCCCAGCGCAGAAACCUGUCAGUGCUGAUCCCCCUAAGUCCCCCAAAGUGGUCCCGCCAACCCCGGGCCACCUCUCUGUGCCUAAAACAGGAGCCGCAGCUGUCGCUGAAGGUUCUGGAGCAGAGGCGGUAAUGGCAGGUUCGUCCACGCCAGCGGAGGUGGAGGGGAAAGAGACAGAGCUGGUGGAGGAGGACACAGUGGUGUCAGUGUCAUACAUGGCCCACGAACUGGACCUGGAGACUGUUGGAGACAUCAUUGCAAUCAUAGAGGAGAAGGUGGACGACCCUGUGGAGGCUCUGGACGCAGCUGCAGUGGAGGCGGCUCUCUCCCUCUGUGAGGAUCCAGCGGUCGGGGGACACCCCCUCACCAGCCCCUGGGAGUCACAGUCUUUUAAGGCAGAUGAACCAGAGCCCAUUGUCCAGCAGAGCACCGCCCCAGCGGUCACACAGAGCGCCCCUGACCCUGCCGAUGUGCAGGGAGAAAUGGAGGUUCUGGUAGAGGAGGCUACAGAGACCGAAGCGGUCGACGGAGUGACAGGGGAAGCCGUGACGCCCGUCGCCCCUGACGCAGGGCAGAGCCAGGACUCCGAAGUUAAGAUAGAGAGGGAAGGAGAGGGAGAAGGAGGGAUGGAGGAAAUGCAGCAGGAGAUCAGAUCCCCAAGUCCAGCUGUGAAGUGUGAGGUGGAGGACUGGGUUCAGCCAGAGACAGUGACGCCCUGUCUGGACUCAGAGGACAGCUCAGCCUCGGCGAAAGACACAAAGGAGGUUAAAGAAGAGGAUGGAGGUAGUGAUGUGGAUGAAGGGAUGGAGAUGAAAGAGUGUGGCGAUGUGGACGGAGAGGGUGCGUAUCUCUCGGAGGUUGAUCCUCCUGCCAGUGAGAGUGAGGAUGGAUACGGCAGUCACUCCCAGCGCUACACUACUGCAGACUCCACUGCCAGCAGCCCUGCCUCAUCACAGUUCUCAAUGUGUAGUGAAGAUCAAGAGGCCUUGCAGGCUCAGAAGAUCUGGAAGAAAGCCAUCAUGCUGGUGUGGCGGGCAGCAGCCAAUCACAGGUAUGCAAGUGUGUUUCUGCAGCCUGUGUCUGAUGACAUCGCCCCUGGUUAUCACAGCAUUGUACACAGACCAAUGGACCUGUCAGCCAUCAAGAAGAACAUUGAGUCUGGGCAGAUCCGUACAACAGCAGAGUUCCAGCGUGACAUCAUGCUGAUGUUCCAGAACGCAGUGAUGUAUAACAGCUCGGAUCAUGACGUCUACCACAUGGCCCUGGAGAUGCAGAGGGAUGUUCUGGAACAGAUACAGCAGUUCUUGGCUACUCAGCUGAUCAUGCAAACAUCAGAAUCAGGCAUCAGCACCAAGAGCCUGCGUGGAAGGGAAGCCAACCGCAAACAAGACCCCAAUGAGAAGACCCUGAGUCCUGCACACAAAGACCCUCAUUUAGAGCCAGAACCACCUGCCAGAAGGAAAAGGAACAACUCCAAACAAGACACUAAUGAGAAGGACAGCCUCUCCAUGGCCUCUCCUGCUUUCCUUCUCUCUCUCUUUGACGGAGGCACUAGAGGUCGCCGCAGUGCCAUUGAGGCCGACAUGAAGAUGAAAAAGUGAACUGAGAGGUUUCACUGCAACUGUCACGGAAGUUCAAUAGGCUUUAUUUCCCUGUUUCUUUAAGAAGUUCUGGCUAAGUUUAGUUACUCAAUGCCUGGGUGGUUUGAUUCAGCAGUUCAACACAGUCUAAUUACAGCUGAACAUAAAGGACGCGAAAAGAAGAGACUUUAAG